CAAAGGGCCACCAUGAGGAUGAGACUGGGUCUGAUGCUUGUCUUAGUGCUGGUUGCGAGCAGCAUCACUCCACUCCACGGUCUUGCAAUGGAAACCUCCGUGGUCCAUGUGGGAAGAUGUAGAUGCUUGAAGUUCAGCACAUCAGCCUUCAGCCCUAAACAGAUUAAAUCCAUUAAAGUGAUUCCUCAUGGCAUACGUUGCCAAAGGACGGAAGUCAUAUUAACUACAAAAAAUAACUGGAAAAUCUGUGUCCAGCACAAUACUCCCUGGGUGCUCGGAUUACUUAAGCAGGUGACAAAAAGACAAUGAAAACAUGGACUUUUCUUGACCCAGGAAAAUUAAUGAGAAGCUAAAAGCAUGGAAGAAAUCAUCCUAACCUGCCACUCUCAGUUUGCCUUCUAAUCAUAUAGUUACCUCUACACAAAACAGCAGUUUACAACCAUCGUACCCUUUGGAGGUUCAGAACGAUGGGCGUCAGCAAGUGACUUUAUGCUUUUAGGAUAACACAUGGCAUCGGUAUUGUAAAUGUGUCUUAAAAAGCUUGACAUGUCUGGCAAAACCAACUAUUAAUUAUAUUAAUUAUAAACAGCCACUGAUUUCUCAGGUACCUACAGAUCUUAUAGCAAAGCUGCCAAAUACACCUUGAAUCAUUUGAGUUGUACUUCUGCUUUUAAAUGAGCCACUUUCUAAUUCUCAUGUUUUAACAUAAUACACUCUACCUUUCUUCCGGUUC